CUCUCUCUCUCUCUCUCUCUCUCUCUCUCUCUCUCUCUCCUCCAUAUGAAGGAGAGACCUCCCUUCCCAUCAAUUCUCUUCAAUUUCCUGUCACUCGUUUUCAUGGCACUUCUCACUAUCGCACCGUCUGCGGAGUCCAAACCACACCACUCGAACCGCAAGCGAAAGAAUCAUCCGAAGCAACCUUCCUCAUGGGAUCAAAUCAAGAACCUACUCACUUGCAAGCAGAUCGAAGGGUCCAAAAUCCACGACCCUUCCAGGGCCCCAGCCGCCGGCGCCGCCGUCCGCGGCGGCGGAGGGCCGGCCACCUCGGCCAAGCUGGGGUCGUGCAGCUCCAUAUGCAGCUUUAGGGACGUGGUCCAUGGAAACACCAGGGUGGUUCACAGGGCGGAUAACUCGCCGGAAAGUAGUACCGUGGAGCAGGAAGCUCGGUUGCUCGGCCGCAAGGCCUCCGCGGGUAAUGGGUCGUCGGCGUCGAGCCGGACUUUGUCGAGAUCGAACGGCGGCGGUGGGGUGGUGCAUACGACAUCGUCGUCUUCUAGAGGCAUGCAGCUGAGGAAGUUGUCCGGGUGCUAUGAGUGUCACACCAGCCUUGAUCCUAGCAGGUUUCCAUCUCCGAGGACUAGAGUUUGUGCUUGCUCUGAAUGUGGAGAGGUUUUCCCCAAGAUGGAAAGCUUGGAGCUUCAUCAGGCAGUCAGGCAUGCUGUUUCGGAGCUGGGUCCAGAAGAUUCGGGUCGGAACAUAGUAGAAAUCAUCUUCAAAUCAAGCUGGCUCAAGAAAGACAGCCCGAUCUGCAAGAUCGAACGGAUACUGAAGGUCCACAACACCCAGCGCACCAUCCAACGGUUCGAGGACUGCAGAGACGCAGUUAAGGUCCGUGCGACCUCAAACACCAAGAAAAAUCCCAGGUGCGCCGCCGAUGGUAACGAGCUGCUGCGCUUCCACUGCACCACACUCUCUUGCUCGCUCGGCGCGCGCGGCUCAUCUAGCCUCUGCGCCGCCGUACCUGGCUGCGGCGUGUGCACGAUUAUCCGGCACGGAUUCCAAGGCAAGGCGUCAUCGGACGGCAAGGGAGUGCGGACCACUGCUGGUAGCGGCAGGGCCCACGACUGCCUUGGCUGCGGCGACGACCGGAGGGCCAUGAUCGUGUGCCGUGUGGUGGCGGGACGGGUGCGGCGCGUGGCGGAUGAUGCGGCGGGGGACGAGGAUUGUGUCGUUUCUCCCGGCUUGUACGACUCGGUAGCUGGCCACGCCGGGAUCUACUCCAAUCUGGAGGAGUUGUUGGUUUUCAAUCCAAAGGCUAUCCUUCCUUGUUUUGUUGUGAUCUACAAAGCUGUGGAAUCUUGAUUAGUGGUUUCGGUUUUUACGAUUAAUAAUAUAAACAGUAAUUAAUAAAACAAUAUUAGUGGUUUUAACGUCUUUUUGGCUUGUGGAGUAGUGGUUUUUUUGUAAUACCCAAACAGAUUAUAUUAUAUAAUUCAGGGGUUAGCUAAAUCUUGUAGCUAACCCAUCUCUGUCUCUGUAUAAA